GCGGGGGGAGGGGUGGUGGCGAGCAGGGCGCUCCCGGCCGGGGUCCGGGGUGGACCCGCCGCGUCCUCGCAAGUCCGAGUUUUCAGGGACCCUCGGGCUUUCUUCCAAGCUCGGGGUCGCAGCUGAUGUGUCUUCAGCGCCGUCUCAGGGCCUUUUCUCAGCAGUCCCCCAGCAGCAGGUCCUCUUACUGUUCCCGUUUUACAGAUGGGGAAACUGAGACCUGGGAAGAAGUAACUUACCCAAAGUCAUCCUGCGGGUGAUGGCCGGGCUGGAGCCCCCCACCCCCACGCCCGCCCCCACCCCGUGCGCCCACGUGUGAGCGAGGCCGCGCUGCGAGGAAGCCCUAACGCCGGGCGGCCCCGGCAGACCUCCGGAAGUUACCAAGAACUAGGACGCUUCCGUUUGGUUUUUCAUCCUUGAGUCCCCCGGGGUCAGCAUCUUCCAGGCAUGGCACGUCCAGUGAUGCUGACUUUAGAGGACAGGGACCUGAAGGGAUGCACCUGGGCCAUAGCCCCCACCCUGACCUCCCUGGGCUACCUGCUCAUCCUGCUGGUCUCCAUCUUCCCCUUCUGGGUGCGGCUCAUGAAUGAGGAGUCGCAGGAAGAGUAUUUCAGCGGCCUGUUUGAGAACUGCUUCCAUAUCAAGUGCUGGAAGCCUCGACCCUUGUCCAUUUACAUCCUCCUUGGCCGGAUUUUCCUGCUCUCCGCCGUCAUCCUGUCCUGCCUCACGACCUUCCUCAUGGUGUCCUUUGCGUCUCAGCUCUUCCCGAGGAUCCGGAAGCACCAUCUUGUGUCAGCCUCCGUCAGCUUCCUCACAGGGGCCUGUGCCCUCCUGGCCUUGCUGCUGCACGCCCUGGAGAUGCGGGAGCUGAGGACGAAGCCCAGCCCCCCGCAGUUCUCGGUGCAGUGGCCUUACUACGCCCUGGGUCUUGGCAUCUUUCUGUUCGUGGUGGCUGGUGCCAUCUGCCUCUUUGAAGAAGUGACCUGCCUCAGCUGCAAUCUGUUGCCCAUCUCCCAGAGGAUUGAGGAGACCCGGGGGAUCCCACACCUGGAGACGCAGGAGAGUCUGGGAGGAGAACUGAGCUCUAUACAAAAGGAGACGCUACUGAAGGAAGAAACUGUUAUCUAGCCCAGGCCUUUCUGUCCCUCCGCAAGUAGCGCGAGUGCCCGUGUGCGUGCGUAUUUGUAGCUCCCCCCACCCCCAGUCUCUGCUACCUUUGAUGAGCUUCCUGAGUGCCAGCUCAACCCUCCACUUCCCCAUACCUGCUCUUACCCGAUAUUUGUUAAAAAUUCUUUGAACUCUUCUGAGUGAAUGGGGGGGAGGGGGAACUGGUGUUUUCAAGAAAAGAAGGGCUACUCUUACAUUCUCUUACAUUUAUGCCUCAAAAACCCAGCCUGGAGAGCAGGGGAGGGUGGAGGGAUAUUCUGAGACUAUCAGGUAAAGUAGCUUUUGUAAACAAAAACUGGACAGGAUACAGCCACCGCAUAAAGUGUUUGAAUAAACAACAUUAAAAAAAAAAGUGAUGCCUCUAGACAAAAAAUGUUGAUUCAUUGCAGGAAAUUUUUCUUAAAUGUAUGUUGAGGGGAGGGGUUGGGGGUGUUUAAAGUUGAAGGCUUUCCCAGAAUUGACCUCCCAGGUCUGGAAGCCUUGGCCCAGGGAGAUCAUGCAUCUAGGGAAAGCACAGGUGAGCUAGCCCAUCAGCAUGUGGGCUUACCAUCCUUCAGGUGCUCCUGCUCACAGUGUCUGGGGAGCACUCAGCUUGCCAGCUAGGAUGACAGUAGCUGAGAAGUCCAGAUGCUUCUGGGGCAGUGAGAGAGGUUAGAAAAGUGAUCCAAGCACUCUGUUGGCCUCAUAUCCACCCCCAUCCCAAAGACACCAAGCAACAAUGGCUCCUCACUUCCUUUAAAGAACACAUACGUGGAAAGAACUCUUGGAUCCUAAGCCAUGUAUGUCCCGGAGGAGAAGGGAUGUGAUGGGUAUGGCUAGAGUCAAGUGCGCUCUGCCAUCACUGUUAAAUAGUGCUCAUUAAAGGUUGAGCUUGUGCAGUGAACCAUGGGGGGUGUUAUGGGGUACACAGAGGUAGCAGAAUCAGUGCCUGCUCUCCACAUCUUCACACCCAAGCUUGGGACCAAAGACACAGACACCUGAAAAACUAACACCCACCAGGUGUUCUACUUUGACGUUUUGGAGUUUCCUGUUACAUUUCUCGCCAAAAGUUAUCUUGGGAGUUUCUUACAGGGACAUGGUGACAGCCUAGUUCUAAAUCUCCCUCCUCCUUAAAAAACAUACUGGAGCCCACAAGCAGCAGUAAAAGGGGGAUCAGAGAAAAUCUGGAAAAUCUGCCAGCUCCAAAAUGUGUAAUUCUUUUGCCCAAAUCACGCUCAAACCAGCAGAAUCCGUAUGGGAAGUCACAACUGGCAGGUUGGCAUGGUGGAUACAGUGAGGUUGUUCAGAGAAUAAAGUGGGGCUCUAGUGGUGGAAGAUUUCCAGAAAUCAUUAGCAAAUAUUAACAAGUUUGGAGGGACCUACACACCCUCCCCCACCCUCAGAAGGAAUGGCUACGAACAGGAUUGGGAACAAACAUGGUGGGGUAUGAGAGUUGGGGAGGCAAAGAAGGGCAUGGAAAGUACAUGACAGGCCAUAAAGUGGAAGAUUUAAGGAAGAUCACCUUGGAAGGCAGAUGGCAAUAUCCUUGAUAACAAUGACUGGUGGUGAAUGGAAGGAAGGAAGGGAUGGUAGUAUGAGCCCCUCCAAACCAAGUUAGAAUAUGAGACUCUGCAGAAUCCCAGCCAUAUGGGAACUACACAUAAUCCAUCCCUGUAGCAAUAGCAGGAGGAGCCCUUGCACUGGGACACCGAGAGUACUCCCCAUACCUUACUCCCCUUCCACAGUAUCCUCCUGGAUCUGUUAUAAUUAGAACUUUGCCAUUUGGAUGUUGUAAAAGAAUUCCACUUUAAUAAAUGUUUCAUGUCUUACAUUUUAA